AAAAAUAGCGGAAAACUAAGUCAAUUUUAGAUCAACAACGUAAAAAUGUGUAGUUUUUACUUUUAACAACUCUGUCGAUAAUGCAGUGAUCUACUGAACCGACGCAUACUAGAUGCAUAGUGGGGGACAGUAUUUGCUUAUUACGCUUGUAGUUCACAUUUUGUCCACACCUAUCGCUGGAGUCACAUAUGCCAUAGCCAGAAGAUGGUGAACAGCCCUAAGUACUAUAAUUUCAAAGAAGAAAACAAAGUGAAAUAAUUAGAAUUUGAAUUCAAUUGUUUAUUAAAAAUUUAAUUGUAUUUAUUUGUAUAUAUUACGAAAUGGAUGAUGAAGCAGAAACUUAUAAAUUGUGGCGAAUUCGUAAAACAGUGAUGCAGUUGUGUCAUGAUAGAGGUUAUCUCGUGACACAGGAUGAAUUGGAUCAGACUUUAGAACAAUUUAAAGAACAAUUUGGCGAUAAACCGAGUGAAAAAAGACCAGCACGUAGCGAUCUUAUUGUAUUAGUUGCACACAAUGAUGAUCCUACGGAUCAACUUUUUGUCUUUUUUCCCGAUGAACCCAAAAUAGGUAUCAAAACUAUAAAAACUUAUUGUCAGCGUAUGCAGGAAGAAAAAAUUCAUAGAGCAAUCAUUGUCGUACAACAAGGUAUGACACCGUCUGCUAAACAAUCUUUAGUAGAUAUGGCACCUAAGUAUAUUUUAGAACAAUUUUUGGAAUCUGAGUUGUUGAUAAAUAUCACAGAACACGAACUUGUACCUGAACAUAUAGUAUUAACUCCAGACGAAAAAGAAGAGUUACUUACUAGGUAUAAGCUUAAAGAAAAUCAAUUAAUGCGUAUACAAGCUGGUGAUCCAGUGGCUCGUUAUUUUGGUCUAAAAAGAGGACAAGUAGUCAAAAUUAUUAGACCUUCUGAAACUGCAGGAAGAUAUAUCUCUUACAGACUUGUAUGUUGAUCGAUAAUACAAGCAACAUAUAAUGUCUAUUUCAUGUUAUUUUGAUUUAUAAUGAUUGAAGAAAUUCUAACUGUGAACUGUACAAUAUUUUUGUAAUUAAAAAUAAUUUUUAGAGAUUAAAUUUAAUACAAAACAUUAAUCGCAAACAUCAAUCAUACCCAUAAUAACAUUGAUAAAUAUAGAAUUUUAUGAAAGAAUAUAAUGUUACUUUCUGAGAAUGCUUUAUUGUACUACAAUUAUCAUGUGUUAUUACAUAAUAUGCAUUUGGUAGUAAACAUUAAUUGUAUAUCAGGCAGUAAAUAAUUACUAAUGUUGUGCCAAGUGCAGUAAUUAAAUGCAUUAGAUAUAAUACAAUUUUCCAUUAUAAAUCCACUUUGUGGUGUUACUCAUUAAAAGAAUCGUACAUAGAUGAAAAAGCAGAAAAUCGAAAAUAUUUGUCAUUAUUUCAUAAAUAAUAAAUAAUAUUAAGGAAUUGGCACAAUUAGCUAAAUUUCUUAUGCAAAUGUUCACCUUGAAUACAUUUCUUUGUUAUAUUAUUUCUUGGUCCAAAGUAUCAUGGUACACUGUUGUCAAGAGACAACUCAAUUCCAGAUUUAUUUAAACAGCUUGUACAUGUGAGUCAAAAUACAUUGCUUAUAUACUACAUAAGCAAAUGUAAAUAUUGCUUUAUUCAUUAUCUGCAUACGAACAAGUUUUUUUUUUUUUUAUUAUUAAUAUGCUACAAUAAUGCAUAAAACUUGACAAAUCUUAGCAAAGUGAUAAUAUAUAGAUAGAGAGAUGCAUACUUUUGUGCGCUAUUGAUAAAUUGAUAUUAAAAAUCGCUAAUUUAUAUCUUUUAAUAUUAAUUACGAAUAUGUACGAAUUUAUUGUUUAAAAAAUAAAUAAUAAACUUAAAAUAUAUAUAUUGCAUCUUUAA